UUUACUCAGAGGCUUUUAUAGCUCCAAAAAACUCUUGGUGAGUAUAAAAAGCUUAUGAUGUACUUUUUUGAGAUACUAUCUUAUAUAUGACAAGUUCAUACAUUGGUCUACUGCCUACUAACCACAAGUUUUCACCAAUAUGGAAACCAACAACAAUACUGAGAGUUGGCAUAGCCAAUUGAAGACGGACUAUUUACAAAGAAAGAGGAGUAGAAGACUGGAUCGCUUAAUCUUUAUCUUGGUUGAAGAUGUUCAUACAGAUUUUAUGCACAAUAUCGCAAGGAUGGCCGCUAAUAUCGGACGUAUGGGCUCGGAGACUAGAGAGGCGGAAAAGAGAAUGAUUGCAGUAGAGGAGAUCAAUGAGCAGCCAUUAAAAGAUAUGGUGCAGAAAGUGUAUGUCGAUGAAAAAGUUUUCUAUAAUGUCAAGUUUUUCACGACAGAAGUUGUGUACGAUAUAUCAACUGAGCAAAGGAUGAUGACUGCUUGUAACUGUAUAGACUUUCAGCGAAAUAGGCGUGCCUCCAAGGUGGAUUGUCACGAUGGUAAUAAGAGAAAUGCUAAUCUAACUUGA